CAGAUCCACCUUCAUCUCAAUUAUCAUAUCUAUAAGCUCCAAUCUUUAUUUACCUAUCUGCACAACAAUCUACAAUACAUCUCUUGCGUUCUGAGUUCUUACCUUCCCUCAAAUCAGAGUUCACUCCCGACAAUCACAAUCUCUCUUUCUCAACUUCCCUCUUCAGAAUGGAAACAGAAAUGUCUCUCAGGAGUAGAAGCAAAAAAGACACUGCUGGAUCGCCAGCAACAGAUCCAACCAGCUCAACAGAUGAUGAAAAGGAACCUCUGAUUCCAAGUGCUUCCUCAGAGUCAUCCUCUUCAUCGCAACGAGCCAUCUCUGCAACUCUAGCGAGCGCUGCAAACUUGGCAAACCUCCUCCCCACAGGCACUCUGAUGGCCUUUCAACUCCUUGUCCCAGUCUUCACCAACAACGGCAGCUGCGACUCUGUGACACGCUCUUUGACAUUGCUGCUGUUAAUGGUACUCUCUGUGUCUUGCUUCCUUAUAUGCUUUACAGACAGCUUCAAGUUAGAUGGGCAAGUUUAUCACGGCAUCGCCACCCCAAAGGGCAUGUGGCUCUUCGACUACUCAGGAACCACAGGUUCAAGUCUUCCUGAUCUCAGCAAGUAUAAGCUCAAGCCCCUAGACUUUGUCCAUGGGACCUUAACAGUCUUGGUAUUCUGUUCUGUCGCCUUACGAGAUAGGAAUGUGGUGAGUUGCUUCUACCCCCACCCGGAACACGAGACGCAAGAAGUUCUGGACAUUGUCCCUGUUGGAUUAGGGUUCAUCUGCAGCAUGCUGUUCAUGGUUUUCCCCACCACCCGACAUGGUAUAGGGUUCUCUGUUACUCCUGGGAAGUGAUUGAAAGCUUAUCCCUGCAUGGAUCAAGAUAGGAUUUCUUGUUUCUUAUUUGUAUUUUUGUUUUUCUUGCUAAAUAAUACAGACAGUCAACAGAAU